AAGAAGCAAUCCCUAGAAUUUAGAAGAGAGAGAGCAGUGACGAGUGACGACGACAAUGGCGAAAACUAUCACAAUCGAUGACGAGUCUCCGUAUUAUGUACAACCAGAGUAUCUUGAACUAUCACCCAAUUCCUUCUCUAUCGAAAAACUCAACGAAGCCGAAGACAACUACAUCUUCUGGAAACUACGGUUUCUCGAUUUCCUUCGAUUCACGAACAAAAUCGGAUUCGUCGACGGCACAAUCGAGAAACCAGAACCUUCCUCGCCGCUCUAUCAGCCAUGGAAACGAUGCAACGCGAUGGUUAUGCUUUGGCUGAUGAACUCGAUGAGCGAGACGCUUGUUAAAUCUGUGUUGUACGCGGAGACUGCGCAUAAAGCGUGGGAAAGUCUAAGGAGCAGGUUCGUUCCGAGCGUUGAUCUGAAGAUUUACCAGCUUCGUCGGAGAAUCGCGUCGCUGAGGCAAGGUGGUGACUCCGUGGCGGAGUAUUUUGGGAAACUGAAUAAAGCUUGGUUGGAGUUGUCGGAGUACGAUCCUGUGCCUGAGUGUAAGUGCGGUGGUUGCAAAUGCGAGAGUACGAAGCUAGCUAAAGAGGCGAGAGAGAAGGAGCAGCGUUACGAGUUUUUGAUGGGUUUGAACAGAUGCUUUGACGGUGUGAUGACAACGAUCACGUUCGAGAAACCUCCUCCGUCUCUUUACCAAGCUUUCGCUAGUGUUGAGCGAGCAGAAUCGAUGAUGAAGAGGUACAGGAGAUGAUUGAUUUUAGGAAUUGCAGGUCCAUUGCUCUCAUAACACUUUUCUCUAUGUUUUCAUUUUUAUGCCUUUGUUUAGAUUCUAGUGUUUCUUAUUUCAGUUGUUUCAAUGUCGUAUGGACAUUAGAUUCAUGAACACAAAAACUCUAAAUUUGUCAAUAACUAGAUAGAUUGAUGAAGCAACAAAGACGUAGGAUUCUUUUUUUUUUUUACAAACAAAAGAAAUACAUAUGAUGUGAUUUUGUGUGAAAGCAUUAAAAUCAGCGGCCAGCUUCAAUGUCCAAUAUUGGUACAUUCUUAAUGCUGUCAUAACCACGGCUACUACUAGUAUCGCCUUGUGCUGAUAAGGUUUGAACACCUAGCAAGUGUUCAUUCUCCUCAGGAUACUGAUCCGACCACUUAUGCUUUGUUGCUUUGACUCUCAAGGCCUCUAGCUCUGCAGCUACUUCUUUCAUCUUUGGCCUUUCCUCUCCCAUAAUUCUUGUACACUCAAUAGCAAUUCUUGCAGCUUCCUGGAUCUCACACUGAUUAUCCUCGUUCAUCACUUGCCCAUUAACAAUCUCAUGCAACCUAUUCUCUUUCAUGGCAGAACCAAAGUAACUCACCAGAUGUUUUGAUGUCUGUGGCCGUUCAAAGCACAAUGCCUUUUCACCUGAGAUUAGUUCCAUGAGGACUACCCCAAAGCUAUAAACAUCGCUCUUCUCGUUCAGAAGCCCUGUGUUGUAGUAUUCUGGGUCUAAAUACCCGAGAGUGCCUUGCACCAUUGUUGUGAGCUGCUCUUUGUCCAUCGGUAUCAGCCUUGAUGCACCAAAGUCAGCUACUUUUGCAGUUAAGUCUUCAUCCAAGAGAAUAUUAGCAGUCUUGACAUCGCGGUGGAUUAUGGGAAUAGAAGCUGAGGAGUGCAGAUAUGAGAGAGUUCCAGCGACUUCUAUUGCUAUCCUUAGACGGUGUGCCCAUGUAAGAGAAGAAUCAAACAUGGAACCGUGCAAGUGAUCGAAAAGGGUGCCACUGGUAAUGAACUCAUAAACCAGCAAGGGAACUUCGGUCUCUAGACAACAUCCCAAGAGCUUGACCACGUUCCUGUGAUUAAUUUGUGAAAGCACGAGCACUUCGUUGAUGAAUUGCUCUACUUGGCUACUGUCUCCAAGUCGAGCUUUCUUUAUAGCAAUUAUAGAGUUAUCUGACAAUAUCCCUUUGUAGACUGUUCCUUGACCUCCCUGACCCAGGAUUCUGCUUUCAUCAUAACCAUUAGUUGCUUUCUUCAUGCCUUCCUCAGUAAAUAUUUUAACAUCAACAUUUGAUGGCCCUGCUCCUGAGAGUCGCUGUAUCAAGAUGCCGCCACCGUUUUGCUCGAAGAAUUGUUGUCGGAGCUCAGUGUUUUUCCGGUGCUUAAUUCUCCGUUUUAUACAGCUUACGCCAAUCAGGAUGAUUGAGAAGCCGAUGAUGGUUCC